CAAUUGAAACAUCCCAACCUGGUCAACCUUUUGGAGGUUUUCCGGAGGAAACGGAAGCUCCACUUGGUUUUCGAAUACUGUGACCACACCGUUCUCCACGAACUGGACAAGAACCCGCGGGGAGUGCCCGAGCAUCUUGUGAAGAGCAUAAUUUGGCAGACCCUUCAAGCUGUGAACUUCUGCCAUAAACACAAUUGCAUACACAGAGAUGUAAAGCCGGAGAAUAUCCUGAUCACCAGGCACUUCGUCAUUAAACUCUGUGAUUUCGGAUUUGCUCGGAUCCUAACUGGGCCCAGCGACUAUUACACAGAUUACGUCGCCACCAGAUGGUACCGUUCUCCGGAGCUCCUUGUGGGCGACACCCAGUAUGGUCCCCCCGUGGACGUCUGGGCCAUUGGUUGCGUCUUCGCUGAGCUGCUGUCGGGCAUCCCUCUGUGGCCUGGGAAGUCCGACGUGGAUCAGCUUUAUCUGAUCAGGAGGACUUUGGGGGAUCUCAUUCCGAGGCACCAGCAAGUCUUCAGCACCAACCAGUUCUUCAGUGGGGUGAGGAUUCCCGACCCAGAAAGCAUGGAGCCGUUAGAACUGAAGUUCCCGACCAUUUCCUACUCCGCUCUGGCACUCAUGAAGGGCUGCCUCCACAUGGACCCGGCUGAGCGCCUGACCUGCGAGCAGCUCCUGCAGCACUCUUACUUCGACAGCAUCCGAGAUGUCGAGCUCGGGAGGGAGCGUGAAAAAUCCAUGACACGGAAACCAAACCGGCCGACUCGGAAGCAUAUUUCUGGG